GACCAACCCGGAUUAAACUCCUGCUGCCAUGGCUAUUCGUUCACUUUUCACUCAACUUCAGCAACAAACUUUUCGUGGAAUAGGGUAUAGUGGAGCUGCAAAAGGAUUCUAUUUUCUCAGGGGCAUUUCGUCAAACACUUUAUGUGCGUCGACAUUUCAUGACUUGUCACAUUAUAAUGACAGUUAUGAUACAGACCUCAAAAGCAAGUUGCUUUUUCUUGCGUAUCCUAAGAAAAGCGCGACAAAAGUGCUUCAGAAUUGGGUCGGUGAUGGCCGAAAAGUAUCUAUUUAUGAUCUUAGAGAUGUUUCGCAACAACUUGUGAAACGUCGACGUUAUAAACAUGCUCUUGAGGUAAUGAAGUGGAUGGAGGGCCAACAACGUUUCCAGUUAUCAGAAGCUGAUUAUGCGCUCAGGUUAGAAUUAACCAUUAAAGCCAGUACAUUAAAAGAAGCAGAAGAUUAUUUUGCACAAUUACCAAACAUUGCUUCACAAAAAGCUUCAUAUCUUCAUCUUCUGAACUCAUAUGUUCAAGAGCGAGCUACGGAAAAAGCCGAGUCUCUUAUGAUCAAAAUGAGUAGUUUUGGUGCCAAUGUGACUCCACAUUCAUACAACGCAAUGAUGAAGCUUUACAUGGCCACUUCUCAGUUUGAUCUAGUAUUAUCCAUCAUAUCCCAAAUGAAAACAAACAAAAUACCAAAAAAUGUACUUUCAUAUAAUCUUUGGAUGAGUGCAUGUCACGAGGUUUAUGGGGUCAAACAAGCGGAUAUGGUUUACAAGGAGAUGGUGAAUGACCCUAAUGUUAAAGUUGGAUGGAGCUCUCUUUGUACUUUGGCUAACAUCUACAUGAAAUCUGGACUUUCUGAGAAGGCAGCUUUUGUACUUAGAGACGCAGAGGCGAAACUAUCAACGUAUAACCACUUUGGUUACUUUUUCCUCAUUACAAAUUAUGCUUCUUUGAAAGACAGGGAGGGAGUUAUUCGUGUUUGGGAAGCCUCUAAACAAGUAGAUGGAAAACUCACGUGUGCAAAUUAUAUGUGUAUGAUGUCAUGUUUAGUGAAACUUGGGGAUGUUAAAGAAGCAGAGAAGAUUUUUCUGGAGUGGGAAUUACAGUGUAGGAAAUACGAUAUUAGAGUGUCUAAUAUCCUUCUCGGUGCUUAUGUUAGAGAUAAUCUGAUGGAAAAAGCCGAGGCAUUACAUUAUCAGACAUUGGAGAAAGGUGGGUGUCCAAAUUAUAAGACGUGGGAGAUUCUCAUGGAGGGAUAUCUUAGAAAUCAAAAUAUGGAAAAUGCAGUUUUUGCAAUGAAGCAUGCGUUUAAAUUAUUAAAGCGUUGUGAUUGGAGGCCAUCACCUAUGAUUAUUGGGUCUAUUUUUGAGUACUUUGAGAAAAGUGGAAAUUUGGAAGACGGAAAUUGGUUUUUGAAGGUUCUUAGGGAUUUUAAUCCUGCUAGUUUGGGUGUAUAUCGGUCAUUAAUCAGGAUGCAUGUAGCCAAGGGAAAACCAUUUGGUGAAAUUGUUAAGUUAAUGGAGAAAGAUAAGAUAGAUAUGGAUGAUGAAAUUAUCAACCUCGUUCAAGCUUCACAAACUGGGGCAUUGUCAUACAUACUUAAAAGAAAACAAGAAAUUCAAGGGGCCAAGAGUUUGUGAUUUCAGGUAAUGUAUAUAGCGCAGACGAAGCCCAUGUCUGGCUAAUUAACUUCAUGUUUUCAGAAAGCUAUAAACAGGUCAUUCUAAUGCAUAUUUCUUAAUCAUCAUCAGCAUAGCAUCAUUGAUCUUUCCAACUGUUGAAGCCCACAUCCAUGAUGAGUUUCAUUUGUUGAGUCUCAUGUGGACUUUAAAUUGUCAUAAGGAUUGCUUGCAGAAGCUCGAAGAUUUGACUUAGUUUAGAUUCAUGUUAGUAGAAUAAUUGAUUCAGUUAAUAUCAGUCUUGUUUGUGUCAUUUUCUUAUUUAAAAAGUGCCUGGAUGUGGAUCGAACUUGCCUGUUAUGAAUGAGUCACUUUUGUUCAGAAUCUUAUAGUGGUUACCAAUGGGGAAGGACUAAGGAGAUCGUAUCGGUUUGAUACUCAAGUAUAGGUGGAAAUGUUUCAUUUAUAUUGGAAUUCAAUGAAAUAACUCAUUUUUUAAA